AAAAAAAAAAAAAAUGGCGGUAGGACUUCGCAGAUGCCUUCCUCUCCUCUUGCUGCUGGGGUUGUGGGCGCCAGUGUGUCUACUUGGCACUCAGCCAAAGGGUCUCACUAAGGCUCGCUGGUUUGAAAUUCAGCACAUACAGAUAAGUCCUCAGCAGUGCAACGCAGCAAUGCGUGGUGUCAACAAUUACACCCAGCACUGUAAACAGAAAAACACCUUUCUGCAUGAAUCCUUUCAGAAUGUGGCCGCUACCUGUGGCUUUCCCAACAUCACCUGCAAGAAUGGCCGAAAGAACUGCCACGAGAGCGCCAGGCCUGUGGGCAUGACUGACUGCGCGCACACCAGAGAAACCUAUCCCAACUGUCGCUACAGUAGCAUCGUGAGGCACAGACUCUUCAUUGUGGCCUGUGAACGCCCAAAGAAGGACGACCCCCCCUACCAGCUGGUUCCUGUGCACUUAGAUGAGAUUGUCUAAGGCUUUAGGGCUCUUGUUACCAAUGAUCUCACGUUGUCAGUUCUUACAGAGAAAGGAAGGCACUGGAAAAAUUAGAAAGCCUAAGCUAUCAGAACAGAGUUAAGACAAAAAGAAACGGUGCACGGGCUGUGAUGUAGCUCAGUAACUGAGUACCUGCACACAAAGGUGCCUGGCUUCCAUCACCAGCACCCCCCCCAAAAAAAGAACAGGGUUAUUCUCUGCUCUGGGGUUACCUCUGCUGAGCGAGAAAUGUAGGCAACAGAUAACGAGGGUCCAAGCAGCUGAAGGAUUUUUCUGCAAUUUUGGGGGUCAAGUUUUAUUGUAUUCUGCUCAUAGAAAUAAAAUCAUUUACUUUUUCAGUA